UAGCCCAGAGCCCAUUCCUGCCUGUUUCCUUGUUUACAAAAAUUACGAGAAAGAAAACAGAAUUGCAGACAAUUGCAGAUGAACAGCACGGAACCGGCGAAAAAAAUUUGAUAUAUUUUUUCAAGAGUAAUUUUUUUAUUAUUGCAUCAAUUUCUAGAAUCUCCUAAUAUAUUUUGCAUAUUUUGUAAUAUCAGAGAAAAAAUCAUUUAGAAAAUGGCAAACAGUCGCUUGGAAAGAGUCGGAACAAUUUACACAAGAAUUAAGGGACUUCUUAAGGCAGGUGCUAUGCGUCCAGUAGACAGACCUAUGUGGUAUGACAUCUAUGAAGCAUUUCCACCAAAAAAUUUAGCUCCCAUACAGAGCAAGGAGCCCCUUCGUCAAAUUUUUUACGCAGAGGAUGAGAUCAGAGCGAGAUACCACAAGGAAAAAGUUACAAGUGAAACAAUCAACCUUGCGGACAGGCAGUACCAAACUAAGUGUCAGCAAUUCAUUAGAAAAUACCAGGAAUUGCAAGCAGAAAAUCCUGAAAAAGAGCCUGACGAACUGUACAGCUUGACCUUGGAAAACGUCAAGUUACAAGCCAUCAACCCGGAAACAACCAAAGAACACACAAUUGAACUUGGAGACUCUUCGCUUGCUGCAUCUUUCAAGAAUGCGUUCAAUCCCAAUGAAAAGAGAAGGCGAGGGAAAGUAAAUAUAGCUGAAAUUGUGAAGGAUGAGUAAAAAUUCUGAUCUAGAGGGAUUUUAUUAAAUGUAGCUUGUUUAAUAGAAACAAUAAAGUGAAUUUGCCAAGAUUA